AUUCAGCGGGGGAGGUGCGGGUCUCUGCCUUGCAGCUGUAUCAAGUGCUCCGCCAGCGCCAAAUAAAUCAAUAUCGACGUGUACAGUACGAGGCUGGUGCGCAGAAACCGGCCUCGGCUUACGAGUGUGUUUGAAGCAUCGUUAUAACGAUGGGCUUGGCAGACGCGUUCAAUGCCGGUCUCCGUAGACUCCAGGAGCGACACCCAGGAGCUCUUCGAUUUUGAUAGCUUUGUCGUAUGCCUAAGGGUUCCGUCGGUCUGCCACGCAGUGAGAGGCUUAACAUCAUGGUCAAACAGCUUAUGCUCGACGUCCUCAUCAGCGUGGAGGGCAUCAGACCGCCCACAUUUUAAACAAUGUAUACCGACCGGGAGCAAGCUGUGUACAGCAGCGCCUAACACUGUCAUGCUGCACAGGGCAGUUGUCUGCUUUCGCAAACGUAGGACAAACGUCAUAUUCUUCAAUACCGCUCCCAAUGAGUUCGGACAAUCACUCUCCGGGCCGCCGAUAUUCACCGCAGCCGAGGGCAAGAUCAUCGGCAUUUACGAUUUUGAGGAAGAUAUACACGUUGCAGCGAAAGUGUGUAUAGUAAUUGUGCGAUACGUCUGCUUCGUUGACACAUCCGCUACCGCAUCCGCAAACUAUGAAGUUACGAUGUGGGCUGUCAGCCACAUACGUGGCCCACCUCAGCACUUAUGGUAGUAUAGUGCUUCUUGGGGAUUUGAUAUGCUCUGCACUCUUUGACCGUCUGUGCGCGGCCUAUGUCAUGAGCUCGCACUUCACCGCAGGCGCCGGACAGGUCAUCGAGGAUGCAUACGCCGCAGGCCGGCUGCUGUUCCACACAGCCGCGUACGCCCCGUCGUCCUCGAGAUCUACGCCAGCGUCCCGCUGGCAGGUCGCGACCGACGCCGUCGAGCAGUCUCCACGGCUCGGUGGCAUUUUCGAGCUCCAGUUGGUCCGCCUACCCGAAGGUGCAGACUCCGAGAAGCUCUGUGCUGGCGAUGAGUGGAAGCUGAAGGACCUCAAGGAGCCGGCGCAGGUGUGUAUACAGUUCACGAGGCGGCGAUGCCAAAGCGCAAUUGAGAGUGGACGGAGCAGAUAUUGAGGAAGAUACUAGUGGAAUCGUCUCGGCGAGUUUAGUCGAACGCAUUUACGAGAGGUGCGCGCUUAUGGAUAAGAUAUCAUACAAAGCAAACAAAUACUCGUUUUACCUUCGUGACGGCGCGGCCCUGGUCAAGUCGCAGCGUGUGGGUGCUGGGCACCCGAAAUAACACAGGCUGCCAUCGUGAAAGGAAAGGGAGAAGGGACAA